AUGGGCGACCACCACGCCGAAGUGGUGGAAAAUGGCGACUGCGAAGCGGCGAUCACCUUCAGCGCCAAGAUCAGCCCCGCCCCUCCGGCACUGAAGAGGAAGCAGCUGCUGUGGCAGAACGCCGUGCGGAACGUCAUCGACCAGCGGAACCUGUUCUCGCUGCAGGUCGCCGGCGGCCUCGGAGGAACCAAGCACCGCAUCACCGUCACCGACGCCUACAUCGAUGACAUCAACAGGCAGAUCCGCAGCAAGGCGUCCCGCGGCGGGAUCUGGCAGAAGCGGCGCUCGUCGGCCCCGAGGAUCCACCCGCUGAUGCAGAAGGUCGUCACGCCGAAGAGAGCUAACUCGCUGACCGACGCCGACUUCUUCGUGUCGUGGGGGUCGACGGUGUGCGGCGUGUUCGUCCCCACGCUGCAGCACACAUUCAGGUCUGCAGAUUUGGAGAACCUCUACCAGCAGUUCUCAUCCGGCCAGCGCAGAACCUCAUUGGUCGUCACCAACGUGAUUGACAUCCUGACGAAGCUCCUCCUCACUGCUGUGGCGCCGCCGGGCGGUGACACCAGAGGGGGCGUGGCCAGCGACUGGCUGGCUGGCCCGUUCAUCGUGCUGGGGGCGGGGCUCUGCGUGCUGGUGCUCACCAGAAGGGAGAUGAUGUCGUCGCCGGAGUGGCUGAGGUAUCUGUCUCUGGUCAGCUGGCUGUCUCAGACGGCUCAGGUGCUGCUCGGGGUUGUCGGCGGCGAGGAGAGGGAUCACUCCUGGUACGUCCUCUUCACCCUCUUCGCCACCUACACCCUGCUGCCCCUCCCCCUGCUGUGGUCCAUCGCCGCCGGGGCCGCCACCGCCGCGCUGCACCUCCUGGUGGAGGUCGCCCGCAACUACAGCAGCCACAGCGUCUUCAGGAAGGUGCUGGCCAAGGCCCUGCUGUACCUGUGCAUGAACACAGCCGGUCUGUUCAUCCACUACCUGUCUGACCGAACGCAGAGACAAGCCUUCCUGGAGACGAGGCGCUGCAUCGAGGGCCAGGUCCGCCUGGAGAGAGAGAACCACAGACAGGAGCGCCUCCUCAUGUCCAUCCUGCCUCGCUUCCUGGUUCUGGAGAUGAUUGCAGACAUGAUGACAGUGGAGGAAUAUCUGCUGACUCAGCAGAUCCACAAGGUCUACAUCCACCACUACAGCGAUGUCAGCAUCCUGUUUGCUGACAUCAUCGGCUUCACCUCGCUCUCCAUGACGCUGUCGGCGCAGGAGCUCGUUAAAGCCCUCAACGAGCUCUUCGGACGCUUCGAUAGGCUGGCCGAGGAACACCAGUGUUUGCGUAUUAAGAUCCUGGGUGAUUGUUAUUACUGUGUGUCGGGCGUCCCGGAGCCUCAGAGAGCUCACGCACUCUGCUGUGUGGAGAUGGGCCUGAGCAUGAUCAACACCAUACGCGCGGUGCGGCGGGAGCUGCAGCAGGAGGUGGACAUGCGGAUCGGCGUGCACUCGGGCUCGGUGCUGUGCGGCGUGCUCGGCCUGCAGAAGUGGCAGUUUGACGUGUGGAGCUGGGACGUCGACAUCGCCAGCAGCCUGGAGGCCGGGGGCGUGGCCGGGAGGAUCCACAUCUCCCGGGCGACGCUGGACUGUCUGGGCGGGGCUUACGAGACGGAGGCGGGGCACGGCCACGAGCGCAACGAGUUCCUACGGAAACACAACAUCGACACGUUCCUGAUUCGCCCGCCGCCCCCGGAGGAGGCGGAGCCUCGGCGGGCGCGGCGUCCCAGCUGUGACGAGACGACGAGCUGGAGCGCCGAGCUGCCGUUCGGAGACAUCCUGGGAAUGAACUUCAUCCUGGCGACCUUCAGCGGCGGCUCGCUCAGCCAGCUGCCCCGCCCCCCGGCUCGCUCGGGGUCACGAGAGGUCAACAGGAGGAUCCGUCAGGCCAUCCAGGUGAGGAGCGGCGAGCGCAUGAGGAGGGAGCACAUCAGCACCUUCACCCAGGAGUUCCAGGACACACACAUGGAGGGCAAGUACUGUCAGAUGAGGGACGAGCUCUUCAAGUCCAACAUGGUCUGUUCCUUCAUCAUGUUGCUGCUGCUGAGCGCCGUGCAGACCCUGCUGCCCCCACCACGCCUGUCGCCCAUGCUGCUCCAGUUUGUGCUCAGUGGGUGUGUUUACUUUCCCCUCCUGGUCCUGACGCUGGGGGAGGAGUUUAAGCGUUGCCCCGCCCCCCUGCAGGCGCUGUGCUGCCUGGUCCACGAGACGAGGAGCGUGCGCACGCUGCUCACGCUCGCCGCCAUCACCGUCAACGUCGCCGUCGCCUCCUCCGACAUCCUGUGGUGCUCCUCAGCCGACGCAGAGCAACGUCACAUCAACACGUCGAGCUGGCAGGUCAACAUCUGCACACACCCUGAGUACAUGGUGCUGAGCGGCGUGGUUGCCAUGGUUACCUGCGCAGUGUUCCUCAGGCUCAGCUGUGUGUUGAAGCUGGCUGUUCUGCUGCUGGCUGCCGCCGUGUACACCUACCUGAUAGAGACACACAGGUCGGAGCUGCAGUGGAAGGAGGGUGUGUGUGUUGUCCUCAUGCUCAUGUUCGUGGUGGCCGUCGUCUACAACAGCAGGCAGCUGGAGGCGACGGCGCGGCUGGACUUCCUGUGGCGGCUGCAGGCGCGACAGGAAGUGGAGGACAUGCGGGAGCUGAGGGAACACAGUGAGAGCCUGCUGUUCAACAUCCUGCCGGCACACGUCGCCCAGCACUUCCUGCAGAGGGACCGCCACAACGAGGAGCUGUACUCUCAGUCGUAUGAGCGGGUCGGCGUCAUGUUCGCUUCGCUGCCCGGCUUCUCCGACUUCUACGAGCAGAAGGAGCUCGUCCACGAACACAUCAAGUGUCUCCGCCUCCUCAACGACAUCAUUGCCGACUUCGACGAGCUGCUGGACGAGUGUUACUUCCAGGAGGUGGAGAAGAUCAAAACGGUGGGCAGCUGCUACAUGGCGGCUUCUGGCCUCUCCCCCGACAGGCAGGAGUGUGAGGACAGCUGGCAUCACCUGGCGGAGCUGGUGCUGUUCGCUCUGUCCAUGCAGGAAACACUGACACACAUCAACACCCGCACAGGAAACAGCUUCCAGCUGCGCGUGGGCAUCGCUCACGGCCCGGUGGUUGCCGGGGUGAUCGGCGCCACCAAACCUCAGUACGACAUCUGGGGGACGACGGUGAACAUGGCGAGCAGGAUGGAGAGCACGGGAGUGAGCGGGCGCAUCCAGGUCCCAGCCUCCACCAGUCACAUCCUGGCCGAGCGAGGCUUCCUACAGGAGCUCAGAGGGGACAUUUACGUCAAAGGCAUCAGCGAGCGUCACGGCAAGGUGAGGACGUUCUUCGUCAGCGGCCAGGAGGAGCGCUGGAGCCUGACGGAGCGCAGCGCCAGCCGCAACAGCAGCCAGAACAGGGGCAUGCUGGGAGCUGUAGUCUACAGUCUGGUGCAGGCCCGCAACCGGGAGAAGCUCCGCGAGGAGAGCGGAGGGUUCAGGCUGCUGGAGAAGACCUAG